GAUCACACAUACACAAUGAGCGCAUCACCCGUCAACAACAGCUCAAAUGGCGCGGCAGCACCCACAUCCGUCAACGAAGCGCGCGACCCUUCCGGUUUCCUGAGCGAAAUCAUCGGCGCACCCGUCACCGUCAAGUUGAACUCUGGAGUCGUCUACAGAGUCGAUGGAUACAUGAACAUUGCGCUCGAACAAACAAACGAAAUCGUAGACGGCAAGGUCAGAAGGAAUUACGGAGAUGCGUUUGUGAGAGGAAACAAUGUCAUGUACAUCUCUGCCGACUCAUAG